UCCUCCUGACUUCGUGCAGUCUUGUAUUGUCCAAGCUCGCCACACGACCAGCAUCUGGCCUUAGACGGGUCGCCUGUGAGAUGCCUGGAUCUGAUGUUACUCUUCGGCGCAAGCCAGGCUGGGCCGUUUGCCAUUACGUCCAUUCUUCGACUCGACCCAGGAUUGACCAGACGAGAGGUGCUCAAGAGGUACGCCGAGUACGGCGAGAGACAGGAGAAGGCCUUUGGGGAGAACUGGCUCGCUUGCCGACGAAGACUGGCCAAGCCGAUCUGGCACAUGUUUCAUGGAGAGAAGGGCGGCAAGAAGUUCCGAGUCGCCUUGGAGGGCAUGCUGAGAGAAGACAAAUCUUUCGGAGAAAUCGUGCAGAAAUCGUUGCUGGCGAUGCCACAAGAUCAGGUGGAUUGGCUUCCUGGCGAAAAUUGGCGUUCUCGCCAAGCCGAAGAGGAGGCGGGGCAAGAGGAAUCCCUGGCGAAAGACACUGCAUGUUUCAGCUCGUUGCCGUCGCCAUCGUCACGGGGUGUGCCGGACGGUCGAUUUCGCGAUGGGCGCUUGCUCUACAUGGACAAAUGAUGAAGCCGGCGACCGUGGGGGGAGGCUUCGGAAUUUCGUAAAUCGACUGAAACGACCCCGUCUUGUUUUUUUGUGUCGACGCCUUUGUUCACGAAGUCACGCCCAUGCGGUUUUCAAUCGUUUGCCAGUGGGCGAUAAGGAAGGCCUAUAGCUCGAACUUCGCGUACAGAUGAAGGCCCUGCGUCAUGUUGACCCUGCGUAAAUAGCAGCCACGAAAGCAAGGGAAGUGCUUCCGGUUUUUCAAGCAUUUAAUGGAAUCGGGGGGCGUGGCAUCUACUGACUACGAAGAAGUGCCAUUCUGAGACCUUGUUCGUUCACGAGUGCGCGUGGGGCGC